ACGACCCGCAUCACCAACGCAAGCGGCGACGCGUGCGAGCGACGCGACCCGUGCCAACACGGCGGCGUCUGCAUCAGCACCGACGACGGACCCCUCUGCGAGUGUAGGGAUGGAGACUAUGAAGGAGCGUUCUGUGAAAGAGACAAAGCUCCAUCCGAAGCAACAUUUCGCGGCGCGGAGUUUCUUUCCUACGAUUUGACGCAAACCGGCGGAGAGCCCAUAGUGAGCACACAAGACGCCAUAUCACUGUACUUCAAGACUCGCCAGCCUAAUGGACUGCUGUUCUACACUGGUCAUGAAGCAGACUACCUCAACCUUGCCGUACGGGAUGGUGGCGUCUCGCUUACGAUGGGACUGGGCAAUGGCAAGCAAGAGAUGCAUAUCAAACCAGCUAAGACCAGAUUCGAUGAUCAUCAGUGGCAUAAGCUGACAGUACAUCGAAGGAUACAAGAGAUCACGCCGUUUACCAGUUUCUGCAGGGUAUCAGCAGUAGUAGACGAUGUGUAUUCCGAUCACUCGCACGUGGCCGGGUCGUUCACGAUGCUGGCAUCAUCCAGAGCCCACGUGGGGGGUUCCCUCAACGCCAGGGCUCUGCCCGGAGCGAGGGUCCAUACUAACUUCAUUGGCUGUUUGAAGAAGGUGGAAUUCUCAGCGGAUACCCUUCGGCUGAACCUGAUUGAUCUGGCUCGAACUGGCAGCAAGCUGAUCACCGUAACUGGACGUCUGGAGUACGUCUGCAGCGCCACUGAUUCUGCUGACCCCGUUACUUUCACUACCAGGGAUGCACAUUUGAUUCUACCAAAAUGGGAAGCAGUGAAGACAGGAACAAUAUCUUUCAAGUUCCGUACAAACGAACCAAAUGGGCUUGUUCUCUUCAACAUGGGCGCCAAGCCACCAAGGGUAGGUUGCACGGCUGAUCUGUUCGCCGUUGAGAUCCUCAACGGUUACAUUUACGUGCACAUUGACCUUGGCUCCGGAGGGGUCAGGGUGAGAGCAUCUAGAAGAAGAGUCGAUGACUCCCACUGGCAUGACUUCUUGUUGAGGAGGAGUGGCAGAGAUGGGAGGGUCACUGUUGAUGGGGCUAAUGCUGAGUUUAAGACGCCCGGAGAAUCAAAUCAAUUGGAACUAGAUGGACCAUUAUUCGUCGGAGGUCUUGGCUCGGAGUAUUCAGCAUCAAGAACUCCACCAGCUUUGUGGACGGCGGCAUUGAGGCAAGGGUUCGUGGGCUGCAUCAGAGAUCUGGUGCUGAAUGGAAAACCUCAGGAUCUUACUGCGUUUGCUAGGCAACAAGAUUCUGCGUCAGUCCGACCAGCCUGCCAUGUGCUGAUGAAACAAUGCGUGAGUUCCCCGUGCCAGCAUGGUGCAUCCUGCUCCGAGGGAUGGAACCGCCCGCUGUGUGACUGCUCCAUGACUAGCUAUGGCGGUCCUACUUGUGGAAGAGAAACCGCAACAAUAUUCCUCAACGGCAGCCAGCACCUUACAGCAGCUUUAGGACCAGAACACAUCACACAGACUGAGGAGUUAUUGCUUCGGUUCCGGACGACGAGAGCUGGUCUGCUACUCAGGACUGCUUCUGAACAUUCUGCUGAUAGGAUCGAGCUGGCUGUGGCAGCUGGGAGAGUGAGGGCCAGUGUUCGACUUGGGGAUAGGGAAAAGAACCUUCUAGCGGGCACGAACGUAGCAGACGACGCGUGGCACACAGUGCGGUUCUCGCGCCGCGCGUCCAACCUCAAGCUGCAGGUGGACGGCGCGGCGCCCGUGCGCGGUAUGUUAUCUGAGACGAUUUUAGGGAAAGCGUCUACAUUAGAAAUAUCAACGUUACAUUUAGGAGGAUUAUUCCACCCUGAAGAGGAAAUACAGAUGACUUCAACUUUACCAAACUUUGUUGGUUAUCUACAAAAGUUUGUCUUCAAUGGAAUUAGAUACAUAGAUAUGGCUAAGACACUUGGAGUUGGUACGAACGAGGAAACGAACAACAUUUAUGAUACGUCCAACUUAAUUUUCACUGGAAAAUUCGUCAAGCCUGAUUCAUUGAAUGUUUACAAAUCAGUCACUUUCAAAUCAAAGCAUACGUACGUUGGAUUACCGCUUUUGAAGGCAUAUGCGAACACGUAUUUGGACUUUUACUUCCGAACAACUGAAAUGGAUGGAUUACUAUUUUACAAUGGAGGCAAGAAACAAGAUUUCAUUGCGGUGGAGUUAGUAAAUGGUCAUAUACACUGCGUGUUCAAUCUGGGUGAUGGAGUGGUAACUAUGAAGGAUAAAUUGAAGAACUUUUUGAACGACAAUCGGUGGCAUACGGUGUCUGUGAGAAGGCCGACACCAAAGAUACAUACGUUGCAAGUUGAUGAUGAUUUAGAAAUGCAUACUACAAGUUCCAAUCUAAUGCUAGAAUUAGACAGCGUGUUAUACGUAGGUGGAGUACCAAAAGACAUGUACACAGCUUUACCUGUGGGAGUCCUGUCUAGACAAGGGUUUGAAGGUUGCAUGUCCAGUCUGGAUCUACCUGGAGAGUCACCAUCGUUGAUGGAAGAUGCUGUGGUUCCUAGCUCCUCGUUGGGGUCGGGAUGUGAAGGACCAACAAAAUGUACGCAUAAUGCAUGUGCAAAUAAAGGAGUAUGCGUACAACAAUGGAAUACUUACGUUUGCGAUUGUGACUUGACUUCAUUUACUGGACCUACUUGUUACGAUGAAUCAGUAGCAUACGAAUUCGGACCCGGCCGGGGUAUCAUCACCUACACCUUCCAAACAGACUCGGUAGCAGACACGGAGACCGACAAGGUAGCGCUAGGCUUUGUUACCAGCAAAGCCGAUGCCGUACUCCUGAGGAUCGAGUCUUCUAACACACAGGAUUAUAUGCAGAUGGAGAUUAUACGAGGCAAUCUCUUCAUGGUAUACAACGUGGGUGGUGGUGAUCAUCCGCUGGGUGAUGAGACUGCCAGGGUAGAUGAUGGAGCCUAUCACGUUGCCAGGUUCACGAGAAAUGGCAGCAGAGCUUCAUUGCAGCUGGAUAACUAUGCUGUCAUUAUAAGGCAUCCUCAAGGAGGCCAGCAAUCCACAAUCUUCAACGGCAUGUCGACGAUCACAGUGGGAGGUGGUGCCGGCGGUUCUAGGACGUUCAGUGGUGUCAUCGCUGGCAUGGUGGUGGAUGGAGUCAGGGUGCUGGACCUCGCAGCUGCAGGGGAUCCUGCUGUCUCCGUGAGGGGUGACGCGAGGAGAGCUCAUACGCCGCUGGACAGAGAUAUCAAUAGAAUGCAGCAGACGCCACCUUCAGGUUACGGAGGUCCAGGAGUUCUAGAUGAGCUGGUGUACUCUGGUGCUGGAUCCGGCUGUAGAGAUGAUGAUGAAGAUGCCUGUGUGCUACCCGACGCGGGGUCUGGUGAUGAUCUCAUCACUCCGGUCUAUGUGCCGUCUACGAGGCGACCACCUUCUAGGUUACAUAAGGGUGACACAAGUGGAAAGUUGAUGAAACCAUGUGAUGACGAAGACUGCAUCGAAGGAUCCGGUUCUAACGUUGAUGAAAUCACAGAACCGGACCAUCCUAUGACUACAUCUGGAGCAAGCAGUACCCACAGUAUGACAUCACCAACCGCCAGUGUCGUAUCAACAGAACACGUGGACAAAUCUCUAGAAGGUUCUACUGAUGGAUCUACAGGAUCCAGUGAGACGACUAAGAGUAGCACUGACGGACAGCCGACGUUGCCUGAUCAUGACAAUAUGCAUGCAGGCACUAUAGAUACAGCAACACCACCUGAAAGAAGAACUACUCCUACUGAUGAUCAUUCACACACCCACACAGGCUACAAAUUCACAACCACACUAACAGGCAGACAUAUGCCAGAAGAACCAACUCACACUACAGAAGAAGAUUCGAACCACAUACAAGAGUACGAAGACAGACGCGAGAAUGAAAUAGACCCGGGAACACCUACAUUUGAAACUGAAGAUAGAAGAGGACCAGGCAAGGUCCAUCCUGAAUACAAUGGGUAUGACGUCACGCCGAAGUGGUACCAUCCGAAAACAACUGAUAAUAGAGUUGUGCCACCUGAGUCGGAAUUCUUUGCGACUAUUGUUGGCAUAGUCGCUUCGGUAUUGAUAGCAAUAAUAUUGAUAGUGAUCCUAGUGCUCAAGUACAUUGUAUUCAAGUUCGACCCCUCGUAUAAGGUAACAGAGGAUAAAAACUAUCAGCAGGGAGCGAGUGCGGCGCUUUUAGGAAAUCAGGCUCACUCAAGUUACCAGAGCGGAGCUUCAAGUGCGCCCACAGGGGGCGCCGUGCGCAACCUGGCGCCCCUCCCGCUCAACAGGAACGGCGCCGCGCCCUCCGCGCCGCUCGCGCCCAUACCCACGCAGCCCGUCAAGCGGGACGGCAUCAAGGAGUGGUACGUGUAAGCACCACCACAGACGACUGUAGUAUUGUGCGUGACGCGUGACGGACAUAUCAGGAACAUAGUGAGUGAAUCUUAGACGCUUCGAAUCGAACCUCGCCGGAACAUUGGGCGCAAAUGCUUUAACAUGAUAAGAUAUAAUGACUGAAACGCAAGUGUUUUUAGUAUUUUGUAAAUAUUAAUUGAUAAUGUUUAUAGAUGGGUCACUUGUGUGUACGGAUGCGAUUGUUGAGACUUGUACAUACUAGAUUUGUAGUG